AUGUUGCCUCGCAGUCUUUGGCUCGCGGCCCUACUGGCCUUGGGCUCCAACGCACAAUCUUCUGACAGCACUGUCGCCAUCUCUGGCGUAUCUUCAGCAUCGUCGGCCUCGAGGUCUGGCACUCGAAGCGGCAGUGGCUCUAGCAGCCCCUCUGUCGUUACCUUGACUGGCAGUGAGACAUCGUCUGCAGUCUUUACUGGAGGCAUGUAUUCGUACAAGUCCCUCGGUUCGCAAAUCACAGCAUCAACUCUCUAUGCCGAAGAGACCUCCACAUCGUCUUCCAGUUCAAGGACUGGCUCGUCAUCUGGCACUGGAAGUAUCACAACUACCUCGGCUUCUAAAGGCUCGACCAGUCUUGCCACUCUACUGGUUGGUGGAGGAGGCGUCGUCACUCAGAGCGUCAUUAAUGGAACUGUUACUCUGAGCUCGCACCUGAACUCGACCCGUACCUCAUCCGCUGCCGGUACUGGCACCAGCAGCAGUGCCAAACCUACAAACACUACACCCUGCAACAACUACCCUGAGUUUUGCGACCGCAAGUACGGCAACAUCACCGAGGUUGUCGCUCACAACGCCGCUUUCAACAUUCCUGGUAAUAUUGCUUCCAACCAGGAUCGCAGCAUUACUGUCCAGCUCAACGAUGGUAUCCGCAUGAUUCAAGGCGAGACACACUAUGUGAACGGCUCACUUUACAGUUGCCACACGUCUUGCGAGCUUCUUAACGCUGGCACAUACCUCAAAGAACUCAACGAAGUUGGCGACUGGGUCCGUGACCAUCCAUACGAUGUUGUGACGCUCCUCAUUGUCAACAGUGACUUCAUCGAGCCGGGAAACUACAGUCAGGUUCUCCAGCAGUCCAACCUGGCCGACUACCUCUACGAGCCACCAUACAUUCCUAUGCGUCUCGACCAGUGGCCUACUCUUUCCGAAAUGAUUCUGUCUCAGAAGCGCGUCGUCGUCUUCAUGGACUACAACGCAGACCAGACCAAAUAUCCCUACAUCCUUGACGAAUUCACCCACAUGUGGGAGACUCCUUUCUCUCCUACUGAUCGUGCCUUUCCUUGCACUACUCAGCGUCCUCCCAACCUUGAUCCUAAAGCCGCCAGAAACGAUCUGAUGUAUCUCGCCAACCACAACCUCAACACAAACGUCGCUCUCUUCGGUCAAUCCAUCUUGAUCCCGAACUCAGCAGAACUGAACGUCACUAAUGCAGCUGUUNCUAUGUGGGACCGUCCUCCUACUUGGUUGUUGGUCGACUACUACGAUGUUGGAAAUGGUUCUGUUUUCGAGGUUGCUGCUAAGGCCAACGGCGUCACUUACGACCGUGCCUGCUGUGGUGCUACUUCCACCUCGGCGGCGGCCAAUGUCAAGGGAUCUGCCGCGGCAUUGCUUGUCGCUCUUGUUGCAGCCCUUGUCAUCAGCAUGUAA